AUGGCAGAGAGACUACGGCAAAAAAUCACGGAAUUAAAAGUUCGUUUGGAUCAGGCCGAAGCCAGGAGUGAGUGUUUUAAGGAGAGCUUACAUGAAGUUGACAAACGAAUCGACUGCGCCGAAGCUACAGCAGCAGCGUUGCGGCAGCAAGCCACAUUGACUGAGGUUGAGAUAAAGAGGAUAUCGUCUCGUUUGGAGAAUAUCGAAGGACAGUUGUGGUCAACUGGCGAGACUUUGAAAAGGAACGAACGGGCAAUGGACAAUCUAGCCAAUGAGGAAUUUCAAAUGAACGCAAAACAGAACACACUGCACGAAAAAUUGAAAACUGUAAAAGACUCAGUGACCAUCAACGAAUCCAAGUUGAUCGAAGCCUCUCGUCGGAUCAAAGUGGUUGAACUGCAGAAGAAGCUCGCAGAGAAACGUUGUCAGCGUUUGUCAGAGCUAGAAGGUCAGCUUCACGCCAGAUUGUCAGAAGUCAACAAAACCGUGGAGGAGUUGCAGUCGAGUCCACGACAGGGGAUGAGUGAAGAAGAAGAACAGGCCCUCAACGAAAAAAUCGAAGAUCUUAAAAACAGCUACAUAGAGUCUGAGGCUAAAGCUGAAUUGGCGCAAAGAAAAAUAGCUGCGCUAAGCCACAAACGCAACGAACUGCAGAACGAACUUCAGGAAAUCACAGAGAAAAAACAGUGGGUGAAAGACGAAUUAAACAGGGUGUAUAAUGACAUUGGUCUAUAA